CACGCUUUUUACAUGUGAAAUACACCACGGGUGUAUGUCGUGGUCAGUUUUUUCAGCGUUUUACGUAAACCAGUGUUAAACCUAGGUUUUGAUAUAACCCAGUGUUUCGAAACCCAGACAUAUGAAAUCGGCCCUUUGGGUUUUUUUUCCAGUUUAACUUCUACAUAGGCUAAACUCUGUAUGCUUGUUUGUGUGAAAAACAUUACUGGUGAGAUACAUGCACCUACCUGGCUACUUUUGCUGAAAAUAAAAAGCGUUUUCUGUAAUCAAAUUCUGUGAAUAGUAGUAGUAGUUUGUAUCUGAUUCUUAAUUUAAGAUAAAUACUGAUGUAUCUGAUUAAUAUAUUUUAGGAUUGAAGAAAAGAGAACAUGGCUGAUGCACGUGAAACCUCGGCAUUGUUGGCGGACAUGGCUGAUGCACGUGAAACCUCGGCAUUGUUGGCGGAGCCACAGAGAGAAGAGGUUUUAUCAACCAAAACCACGCCAACAGUUCUAGCUCCUCCCAUUGUCGACUCGGAGAUCCUGCAGCGUGUUGAGAUUGAGAGUUCGUAUAGUGGCUACAUUGCCCAGAGUGGAAACCACGAGGCUGACUCGGCGGGAGAUAAUAAAACAACCAACUUGCAGUGUCUAAUGCACCUUCUGAAAGGAAAUAUAGGAACAGGCAUUUUAGCAAUGCCCAUUGCUAUUUUGCAUUCUGGACUUUGGGUUGGGUUUGCUGGUCUGUUAAUAAUAGCAGUUAUUGCCAUUCACUGCAUGCAUACACUUGUCAACUGCAGUCACAUAUUAUGUAAAAGGACAUCUAAUAUAACUCUUGAUUAUGCUGGUGUCAUGGAGGCCAGUCUUAAAACCGGAACGGAAAAGCUUCAGAAGUUUUCUAAAGCAGGAAGAAUUCUUAUCAACGUUUUACUUAUUGUCACACAGUUUGGAUUCUGCAGUGUAUAUAUUGUUUUUAUUGCUCAGAAUGUCCAACAGGUUGUUGAAUCAUUCCACCCACAUGAUCUAAAUAUCCGGAUAUACGAGGUUAUUGUGAUGUUUCUCCUCAUUCCAUACACAUUUCUGAAGGAUCUGCGAGUACUUGCCCCAUUCUCCGCCUUUGCCAAUCUGCUUUGCAUUUGUAGCCUGGUGAUUAUCUUUGUCUACAUCGUUCAGGGACUGCCAGAUGUCAGCAGCAGGCCAGCAUUCAGUUCCUGGAGUAACCUGCCCCUGUAUUUUGGAACAGCAAUUUAUACAUAUGAGGGUAUCAGUUUGGUUUUACCUUUGGAGAACAGCAUGAAGAACCGCAAUGAGUUUGCUGGCUGGACCGGUGUCUUGAAUCUUGGGAUGAUUACCGUGACUGCUCUCUACUCAGCAAUGGGAUUCUUUGGCUACCUCAAGUUUGGAGACACUGUUCAGGGCAGCAUCACAUUAAAUUUGCCAAAUGACGAUUGGUUAUAUCUAUCGGUGAAACUGAUGUUUGCUAUUUCCAUGUACGUAACAUUUGGAAUCCAGUUCUACGUGCCGAUGAAGAUCAUCUGGCCAUCUAUAGAAUGCCGUCUCACGUCAAGAAGAGUUAUUAUCUUUGGGGAAUAUGUCUUCCGAGUGCUACUAGUACUCCUUGUCUUUUGCUUUGCCAUUCUUGUUCCUCAUCUAGAUCUGCUGAUUUCACUAAUUGGGGCGUUCGCCAGCUGCUCUCUCGCUCUCAUCUUCCCACCUAUCAUCGAAAUGUGUACGCACAGUGCUGACAACCAUAUAUCAAUAAUCAUGAUCAUAAAAAAUGUUUGCAUUGUUUCUGUUGGAAUCUUAGGUUUUUUUACGGGUACUUAUAGUUCUGUGACACAAAUUAUAAAGAAGUUUUAGUCAUAGAAAGAGAAUAAACUUUUGUUUUGUCAGUAUAUGUUGUCUGGAAGCCAUAUGUGUAUUUGCAGUGAACAUUACCAUGCAUAUUUUAAAGUUAGUGUAUAAAACUAAUCAGGGCUCACCCUGGAUCAAAAAUACCUGUAGCCAAAAUAUUAGCCAAAUGGAAUUUUUAUUAGCCAUAUUGAAAAUGCUUUAGCCAAAUUAACAAACAUACAGAAAUAUGGGGGUGGAUGGAUGUUUAUUGAGGGUAGUUGUUUUUUCUUUCUUCCUUUUUUCCCAAAUAAAAAUUUGAGAGCUUUUUUUAUAUAGAGCUCAUUAUUUCUUUAAAUAGCAAUCUUUAAGUUAAUUUACCAUCCUCGGUGGCGUCGU